CCGCCCGCCGAGGAGCAGGAGCGCAGCGGGACGGGCGGCGGGGGACGCGCAGGGAGGGCGGCGCUGCAGGGAACGCCAAGUUUCCGGGGAACGCUUCCCCCCCGGCCCGACUCACCGAAGAGGCUGCUGCUAAACCCGUCCCACACGCAGCCCACGGAGUCCCAGACCCAGCCGUUCCUCAGACAGGACACGAAGGUAACGCAGGUGAGCCCAGGCCGACCCGAGGCUGCCAACCUUGACCUUCCCGUCGGGCUCCAGGGUAGCGGUGCAUCUGUCCUCUUACUGCGGCCUGCCAAAGCCCUUCGCUGGCAGUGGCUGCCCAGGCAGUGCCCUCAAAGCUUCAACCUAAAUCUAGCAGGUAUAGAGAGAUGCAAUCGAUUAUGACAAGUUUUAUGCGGCUGUGCAGGAGCUCUUUGGUCCAGAAGUGAAGAAUCAAGAUGCGAAAAGCUUUUAUAGGAAGCUCUGCAACAACCCCGAUGCAUCUAUAGACUGGUGUGAGAUCUUUGGAUACUUCUCCUCGGAAGAAGAUUCUCUUGCUUCCCAGAUGGAUGAAGAAAAUUUGGUUUUCCUUGUUUCUAGAAAACAGCGAGUUGUAAUUUCAGGUAGUAGAAGACGGGAUGUGAUUAAAUGUAUCGUCAAGAUUCCUCAGUUGGAUUUACUAAUAACAGCUUCUCAGAAAGGAUUAAUAACAGUCUUUAAUAGCCAGAUGAGAGUACAGACCAGCACCAAGGUCACGGAUACCUCCUGGAUCACAGGAUGUGAUUACCUCUCACAGUUGAAAAGAAUCGUUGCCACUACAGAAAGGACCAUGAUUGUCUGGGAUUAUAAAGCUCAAGGCGGUGGCCAGGAAAACUAUUUUGUCAUAAAGCCUAUGGAUCACUGCCUCCUCUGUGUGUGUGUAGUGUCUCUGCCUGACCAGCUCUGCAGGGAUGACAUCCUCUUAGGGGAUGAUGGUGGUUUUGUGAACAAAUUCACAGUAAAUAGUGAUGACUUUGGACUAAAGCAGGCAAAGUCCAAAAAAAAAUUACAAAACCAAGUUUUAGACUCAAAGAACUUUAAAAGUGUUAAAAGGAAGUUGCAUAAUGACUGGGUUAUGAAAAUUAGAUAUAUUACAGCCCUAAGUUGCUUUGGAUCCUGCUCCUUAGACAGUGUUCAUUCAUUGGUUUUGGAAUCCUUGAAGAGACUUGAGGAUAAUUUGCCUGUCAGAGAGUUUUCCAUGCCAAGAGGAGCAAACACUUUUUGUUACUGUACCAAAGCAAACGUGAUUGUCACUGGAGGAGAUGACAAGGUGCUCCGGCUGUGGCAUCCCAACAUCAGCACCAAGCCAGUGGGGAAACUAGUAGGGCACAUGUUCAGCAUCAUGGAGAUAGUGAUGAAUGAGAAAGAUCAACACGUCAUCAGCCUUUCCUCUUCAAAGGUUUUCAGAGUGUGGGAUAUACAGACUCUUUCACUCUUACAAGUCUUCCAUGACAGCCAUGGAGGACCAGGAGACAUGCAGAUUUACUCUAUGGUCUAUGAUUCCAAUCAUGGCAUGCUUAUUACAGGAUCUAGUGUAAUGGACAUGUACCCUCUAACUAGGAUGGUACAAGAUACAAAACAGGUUCCUCACACUCAUGAACGAGAAAUCAAUGUCAUGCUUUACAACAGCUAUUUUCACCAAGUACUCACUAUCUGUUCUGAAUCCAUCAUUAAGGUUUGGGAACUCGAGACUGGCCUCCAAAUAUACCAGAUUUUAGACCCUCAUGGCUUCAAUGUUGAACUGACCUCUGCAGCUAUUAAUGAAAGUGGAUUUCUUUUUGCCACAGGAGCAUGUAAUGGAACAAUUAAAAUCUGGGACUUUGGCAGUGGGAAGAAGAUGAAAAUGUUGCCAGAAGGGAAAGAUUGGAAGGAGGAAGAACACUGGCUACGGCACCUGAUUUUCCUGAAAGCUCAGGAAAAACACCAGUACUUGAUCCUCACCUUGGAGCGCAACGGGAAGAUCAAAAUGAUCCAGGGUAAAGAAGAUGAUAUGUAUCUCAUGGUGAUAUGGGAGCUGCCCAAUGUUGUGCCUUUCCUACAAGAUGGGAAUCACACUGUGUAUCUGAGGACAUCUCCUAAAUAUAGGAGCCUGCGUAUUCCUUUCCCAGAUGUCGAGUUGGUAGAGAAAAACUUUUCUCAAAGUGUUAAUAAUCCUGCCAUCAAUAUGGAAGUGAACUGCAUUGAUUUAUUACAAGUAGAAGGAUAUAAUUUGAUAGCUGCUGGAACUUUAAAUGGUGCAAUUAUCUUAUGGGAUUUUGUAAACUCUACUGUCAAAGAACUGUACAGACCUGAAAAUUGCUUCACCGGAGACCCGGAUUUGGAUCCCAAACGCUUUAAAAUUAAUGACAUACUGUUCCUUUUUCGAACCCCUGAAUGUGCAAGGAAAUCAAGUCAGGAUUCUGUGUGCUCUUCGUCCCAAUGUGAUUCUAGUAAAGGUCCACAGAGUAGCAAGGGAAGCAAACAGAGCAUACAUGACAAUGAAAUUAAAGGUGAGAAAACUGAUGUCACAGCAGAAAAGCAACAGCCAGUGGACGAAAAACAUCCUGGAGGCACCAAUCUAAUUGAUGCUCAGCCCCCUAUUAUUGUUACUGCUCAUGAGGAUGGACAUCUUCGCUUGUGGACUAUGGAGGGAAAACUACUGAAAAAUAUGCUGCCUUUCACAAAACAUUCAGCCAUUUCUCUGACGUCGCUGUAUACUGAUUCGUGUACCAGGAUACUUCUGACUGGCAAUGUGGAAGGACAUGUUAUCCUUUUCAGUAUCAGUUCCUUCCUAGAUCCACCUCAUGACGAAAAGAAACUGAAGCAACUGCUUGCCUGGCGUGCUCAUUCUUUAGAAAUUAUUCAAGUAAUCUAUAUAGAAGACAAACAAGUGGUGCUCACUGCCUCCAUUGACGGCUCAGUAAGGCUCUGGCAUGCCUUCAGUGGUCAUUACUGUGGAUAUUUUGGACAGCGAAGACUGCUUGAACUAUCACAAAUAAGUGAUUUCAUUCUGCCAUGUGAUGUUAAUGAAUAUCCUGUAGAAAUAAAAGAAGAAAACAAGUUCACAGAGAAGAAGCAAAAAUAUGAAUAUCCUUUGGUAUUUGACCGGCAAAAAUGGAAAAAAAUGAGCUCAAUGUCUUUGCUUUUCAAACGUACACCUCCCAAGGCCUUUGAAGUGGAUCAUGACUUUAAGUUUUUCAAGUCUCUUUCUUCUCCCAAGAUUCGACGAUGUGCCUUAGAAGGAUUCAUGACGGAAAACAGAGAGGCAGGGAUUGUAUUUGGUUCCCUUCCUAUAUAUAGGGUACCAAGCCCUACCAGCCUAAGAUUCCUUCCAUUCAUUGGUUUAGAAGCACAAAAGGAAUCUGCAGAUGGCAUUGUAGGAAAAAAGAAAGGAAGUCAUGUUCAACAUGAAAAAAUGCCACGGAAGAGAAGUCUGAAAAGAAACUUGGUCCCACAAAUAAAUCUGACUUCUUUCUUCCCGUCCAUCUCCAAGUGAAGAGAGAAAAAUCAGAAGUGGCUGCUGGGGCCUGACCUGCAUAUAAAAUGGCAAGAUCUGAAUGGUACUCCAGUCUUAAUUUCAGGAUGAAAGUGAGGGUCGCCAGACACUGUCACCAUAUCCAUAUCCUCAGGCUAUCCUUUCAAUGGAGAAGUUUACUCAAGGAGCUCAGGUGGAUUCAACUCUAAACAAGCAAGCAGCAAGCAGCCAAGUGUACAACUUCUUUAAUACAUGGAAAUCCACUUAGGGAACAGGCAAUAUUUCUUGCUUACUGUCAGCAAAAUGACACAUAAGGAAACAAAGAAAAUCAAUAGCAUUUAGUAGAUUUAAAAUAAUAUGGUUACCAAUGGUCAGCUUUUUGCCUCCCCUCCUUGUUCACCCUAAUUCAUAACCAAUACUAUUAUUUGAAUGUAUUCAGUAAGAGGCAAAUUACUUGUGUCAUGCUAUGUGUUAUGCAAAGAAAAUUAUUAAAAAGAAAAACGUGACAAGCAAGCCUCUAGCUCUUUGUCUUCCCCAUUUAAGGAAAUUUCAUAUGGAAGAAACUUUUUCUUUGAUAAAGUUAGAUGUUAUUUAAAUUUCAUCUAGAAAUGACUCCAAAUUAAAAAAAAAAAAAACAAUGUUCAUCUCUUACUAACUCUCUCAUUGAUU